UGGUCACUCCCAAAAGCCGCAUGCGCAGAACGUGAAGUCGUUGUCCGAGUCGGUCGCUACCGUGGCGUAUUCUGUCAUCGGUGUAGUCAGUACAGUUCGUUUUCCUGUGAUAUUUUACUGUGAAAUUCGAUAUUUGCAAGGGUUUUUAAACGAAUCGUUAAGUUUUAACAAAAAAUGUCGACUUCAGGAGACUUCGGUAAUCCCCUGCGGAAAUUUAAGUUAGUUUUCUUAGGAGAACAAAGUGUCGGAAAAACGUCACUAAUAACAAGGUUUAUGUAUGACAGCUUUGAUAACACCUACCAGGCGACUAUAGGAAUUGACUUCUUAUCUAAAACAAUGUAUCUCGAAGACAGAACUGUGAGGUUGCAGCUGUGGGAUACGGCCGGGCAGGAGCGGUUUAGGUCUUUAAUACCAUCAUACAUUCGUGAUUCGACUGUUGCUGUCGUAGUGUAUGACAUAACGAAUGCCAAUUCCUUUCAUCAGACAUCUAAAUGGAUUGACGAUGUGAGAACGGAGAGAGGCAGUGACGUGAUUAUUAUGCUAGUGGGGAAUAAAACAGAUCUUUCUGAUAAAAGACAAGUUAGUACAGAAGAAGGCGAAAGAAAAGCUAAGGAAUUAAAUGUUAUGUUUAUCGAAACUAGUGCAAAGGCUGGAUAUAAUGUUAAACAGUUGUUCAGACGUGUUGCUGCCGCGCUGCCUGGAAUGGACUCCACAGAAAAUAAACCACCAGAAGACAUGCAAGAAGUUGUGUUAAAAGACACACCAAACGAAGUCAAAGAUCCAGAUGGAGGCUGUGCAUGUUAAAUCGAGGUUUAUUUAAUUUCUUUUUUUAAGCCUUAGUUACUUUGUGUAGACCUUACAUUUGGGAGAAUUGCGACAAAUUCCAGACUUUUUAGUGAGUAAUCUUUUAAAGUUUGUAUAUAAUUAAUUUAACUGUUGUAAACAUGUUUAAACUAGAAUUUGCCGGAAUUCCGCAUUUCUCUUGUGUUAUAAUGAUUGUCAUAAAGUAUUGCCUUAACUGUUAGGGACUAUCGUAAUUUUUAUUUAUGUGUAAUAUAUUGAUAUUUUUCAUAUUCUUAUUCUUAAAUUCAACCUGAAAUUAAGUUAAAAUUAUUUAAUCGUUUAUUUACUUAAAAGGGGACGAACUCUAAGUCAAAAUGCGUACACACACUUCACUCUUCCUGCCUGAUCUGUUCAGUUUGCCUGAUUUCAUCGAGAGUGUACACAAAUUCACUUGAAGUUUCCUCUGAUUAAUGCAUUUACUAGGUACGCUACUGAACUUCUGUACUGACUUAUCGACAUGGUGCUUACUAACUAACUUAGGCGUUUGGUAGCAAGAAGUGAUCAAAAUCGGUCGUAUCCGUCGGUCGUCAGACAAGUGAGGUUAGAAUCCGAUCAAAGUUACUUUUUGCGUUCCGUCGACUUAAAAUAUACACGUCCCGCUUUGAUUACUUCAUCAUCCGUCAUCUCACAAAAACAUAAAGGCGUCGUUUAUUUGAACUAAACACUGAAUAAUUUUGGACAUAUCAAAUAGGUCUAAGUUUGAUUAUACCAAGUGUUCAAAUAAGUGGUGUUUUGACUGUAACCGUGCCUGUAAAACUUAAACUGUAAGGAAAGAAAAAUAAACCACUGUAACACCAACUUUGAUGUACUUUGACGAAGUAUAGGAAGCUGCAGUUUGAUAUCCACGAUAUUAUUAUAAUGUAAGCUCAAAUUGUGAUGAAAUUUAGAUGUUAGCACAUUCCUUUGCAGCUUUAUGUGUCAUGUGCAGAUAAAUCAUCUGAAUUAGGUUUAUCAUAUUUAGUGUCAUAAAACGCACAAUAUCCCCUUAUGAGAUUUGCCCAGCUUUAAAAUUUGACAAGUGUUACAGUUAGUAUCUUUGGGACAGCUUGCAUGUAUGCUGCUUGCUAAUUAGUUCCUUCUGUACAUAUAUGCAGCAAUAUUGGAUGUUUAUAAUUUUUUUAAACUAAAUAAAAUGGUGUAUAGUUUUAUACUUGCAUUCUCAGUUUAGGGGUUAGGCAUUGAAUUUGUGUUGUGGUUGCUAUCGGGUUAAUUCGCUGAGAAUGGGUACAAAGUAUCGACGAGGGUGAGAUUAUAAACAUAACAUUAGUUUUGUUAAAGCAUGUAUUGAUUUAUGUAAAACUUGUUACUUUGUCUUGUAAACUUGCGUCAUUCAGUGGAUACGAGCAUUUAAUAAAUUUUUUCGUACAUUU